GAGUAUUCCCUUCCGUUUCUGCCACCCGCCACUGAUGCUGAAAAGAUGGUGAAGUACUCAAGGGAGCCCGAUAACCCUACCAAGUCCUGCAAAGCCCGGGGAUCUGAUCUCCGUGUUCAUUUCAAGAACACAAGGGAAACAGCGCAUGCCAUCAGGAAGCUGCCUUUAGCGAAGGCUAAGAGGUACUUGGAGGAUGUUUUGGCCCAUAAGCAGGCGAUUCCGUUUACACGUUUCUGUGGAGGUGUUGGGCAUACUGCUCAGGCCAAGAAUAGGCAUUCAAAUGGACAGGGUCGCUGGCCUGUUAAAUCUGCUAGCUUCAUUUUGGAUUUGCUCAAGAAUGCUGAAAGCAAUGCAGAGGUGAAAGGCUUGGAUGUGGAUUCGCUUUUCAUUUCUCACAUUCAAGUGAAUCAAGCACAGAAACAAAGACGCCGCACAUAUCGUGCCCAUGGAAGAAUAAACCCCUACAUGUCUUCCCCCUGCCAUAUUGAGUUGAUUUUGUCCGAGAAGGAAGUCUGUCAAAAAGGAGCCUGAAUCACAGUUGGCCACCAGCAAAUCUAGGAAGGCUUAAGCUAUAUGUAAUGGUGCUUUCAUUGGCAAUGGCUUUAGUGGAUUCUACAAAUUUUGAGGCAUAUUGUUACUUAAUGCUAUUGGAGGUUGCAAGACAAGUUUUGCUGGU